UGACUCAUUUCAGGCGGCGGCGCGGCGCGUCCAAAAAUGACGCUUAACUUGGACGCAAAUGGUGGCAAUGGAGGAGGAAAUGGAGGUCUUCAGUUGGUCAAAAAACCCGGAGGAUUGAGCCUUGGACUCCCACUUGAAUUAACUACCAGCAGAGCAUCCGCUGACCUUGUAGACGUUGAAUUACCGCUUGAAAGACAAGGAUGGUAUCACGGAUCAAUAACGAGAGUAGAAGCUGAAGCUGUUCUUCGACUUCUCAGAGAAGGAAGUUACCUCGUUAGAAACAGCGAGUCUACCAAGCAAGACUAUUCGUUGUCAUUAAAAAGCGCUCGUGGUUUCAUGCACAUGCGAAUCCAGAAGAACGAAGAUGUAAAUGGGUACAUUCUGGGGCAGUUCAGCAAGCCGUUUGAUAGCAUACCUGAAAUGGUUCGUCACUUCAGCGUCAAUCGUCUUCCCAUUCGAGGCGCUGAACAUAUGUGUCUUUUACAUCCAGUCAUAGCCCAACUAUUGUAG